AUGGAAGCCAAGAUCAUCACCAUUUUCGGCGCCACCGGCAACCAGGGAGGAUCAGUGGCACGGUCUUUGCUGAAGAACCCAGCAUUUCAAGUCAGAGGAAUCACUCGCAACCCGGAGUCAGAUGCAAGCAAGUCCCUUAUCGCGCAAGGUGCCGAAAUGGUACAGGCAAAUGGCCUGAGCCCUGAUGAGAUGAGAGCCGCCUUCCGGGGCUCCUGGGGUGUCUUUCUGAACAUCAACUCGGAUGACAAGUUAUUCACAAGCCCGGAAAAUCCAAAUGAGUUCGAUAUGGGCAAAAUCAUUGUGGACGCUGCGGCAUCUGAGAAAGUCCAACAUUUCGUCUUCAGCUCUGGUCCUCCAUGCACAGAGAUGACCAAUGGCAAAGUGUCAAUGAAGGCAAUGGACAUGAAAUAUAAGACUGAGCAGUACAUCCGAAGCCUCGGAGUUUUCAAGUCAGUGCUUCCACUUGGUCCCGGCUGGUUUUUGGAGAACUUCCUGAGCAAAGAAGUGGCCCCUGUCUUCGGCGGAUUCCCUUGGUUCCCGAACGAAGAAGGUCGCCGCGUUUUCUCUACACCCCACUGGGGUGGCAAGGAAGAUGUACCCUGGCUGAGUAUCUCCGACGACUUCGGAGACAUUGUCCAAGGUGCUUUGCUGGAUCCAGAAACCUGGAAUGGUCAUUUCAUUCAUGGACUCAGUGAUAUCCGCAGCUUCAAGGAGCUUACUGAGGACUUCCAGGAAGUGACCUCGCGUGAGGCAACUUGGUCUCCGAUCGAACCUUCCUGGGAGGCCUUCCAGACCCACGGGAUCCACGAAUUGGAAGACGUAAAGCUCAUGUUUGGCUUCACGCAGGUCACUGGUGGUAAGUAUUUUGGAGAGACUACGGAACUGCACACCGCUAGUAAAUUGAAGAAGGCGACAGCUGUGGCAUUGGGAUAUCCGGAGGACAAGCACGGUCUAGUGACUGUAAAGGAAUGGUUUGCUGCUCGAUUCGGAAAUGCUGCCUGGUGCAAGGAAAACGGAGUCAUCGAGCAGAAUUAG